ACGAGAUGGCCGACCGCAGGGAGGACUCUGCCUUCCCAGCGCACCCCGCGCCGCGCGACGCUCUACCACUGCAGCGCCGGGACUCUACUGCUCCGGGCGGGGCGGGGCGGGGCGGGGCGGGGCGGGGCGGCCAGGCGGUAUUUAGGGGCGGCGCGGGGCGGUCGCACGGCGUUGUGUGUGGCGGUUCGUCUGUUUGUCCGUUCGCCAUGAGUUCGGAGCCGCCCGUCUUUAUCAGCGCCGCGGAGGUGGAGCGGCUGCUGCCCCGUGCCAGCCUGCUGCUGCCGGGCCUGGAGGCCGCGCUGUGCAACUUCUCGGCGGGCGCGGCGGGCGGUGUGGAGCAGCCGUUGCGAGCCGUGGUGCCCGUGCGGCCACAUGGGGGGUUCCUGGGGGUGAUGCCCGCAUACAGCGCCGCGGACGACGCGCUGACCACCAAACUGGUGACGUUCUAUGAGCACCGCGGAGACUCCGCCGCGCCGUCCCAUCGGGCCACCGUUCUGCUCUUCGACCCCCGCUGCGGCUCUCUGCGAGCGGUCCUGGACGGCACCGUCAUCACGGCAAAGCGCACGGCGGCGGUUUCUGCCAUAGCCACCAAGCUGUUGAUGCCGAGAUCUGCAGAAGUGCUGUGUAUUUUGGGAGCUGGUGUCCAAGCACGCAGCCACUACGAGAUCUUCACGGAGCUGUUCCCAUUUACGGAGGUCCGGCUGUGGAGUCGCACCGAGCAGCACGCGCUGAGGCUGGCGAGCUCCGUGGGCGGCGCGGUGCGGGUCUGCGGCACGGCCCGGGAGGCGGUGGUCGGGGCCGAUGUGAUCGUAACGGUCACUAUGGCGACGACGCCGAUUCUGUUUGGAGAAUGGGUGAAGCCGGGAGCCCACGUCAACGCGGUCGGAGCAAGCAGGCCGGACUGGAGGGAGCUGGAUGAUGUGCUGAUGAAGAGCUCCGUUCUGGUUGUGGAUUCCAGAGAGGCAGCGCUGGCGGAGUCAGGAGACGUCAUCUUGUCCGGGGCAGAGAUUUUUGCUGAGCUGGGGGAGGUGCUGAAGGGUACAAAACCAGCACUGCCUGAGAAAACCACGGUCUUCAAGUCUCUGGGGAUGGCGGUGGAAGAUACCAUAGCUGCAAAGUUUGUGUACGAUGCGUGGUCAGCUGGAAACUGAAGAGAGAGCUCUGCAAUGCCUGCGAGGCCGUGAAGUACCAGCAGAUCACUUUACUUGGUUCCCUUGCAUUUCUGGUUAACAAGAUGGGCAGCAAUCCCACCUGAACACAGCUUUCAAGAAUGAAAACUAAUGCUUCAAUGGGACUUCCUGCUAUUUUCUAUAGCUGUUAGGUACCUGCAGCACUGCUAGCAAACGUCUCCCACGCAGUGGUGUGGAUAGAUGUCGGCACUUACACUAACAGGGUGUUCUUACAUGCUUUGCUAUGCCCUCCCUAAUUACUGACGGUGUGCCAGUCCAGGGGUAGAUCUCAUGCUUUUAGUGGGUUUGUUCCCACUGGGAUAGCAGGCAGUUUGGAGACGACUUCCAGAUGUGGAGCUGUGAUGGUUGCAGUGCAGUCCUGGCUGUGAGCAGCUCCAUAGCCCCUCUGGGGAGCACAGCUGCUCUGUAGCGCUGGGAUCAGCCCCCAGCAGUCCCCCAUUUCCUGCCCCACGUGCCACUGGUUUUCAUUUAGGAGUGCAUUCCCCAGUAGGACCUGCAUACAAAGCUGUGCCUUCCCUGCAGGUAGGCUUUGUCAUAGGAGACCUGACUCAGACAGAUUGAAACUGUUCUGAAUCCCUCCUUUGCUGCUAUCCUGCCUGUGGUUUUGCCUUCUUCCUGUUGGAGGGACUCACCCAAAAUGUCAGUGCUGAAAAUGUGCUUUGAUUUUGUGUUUCCUUAUGUUAGUUGGGAUAUUUCCUUACUCACCUACGGUGUCUACAAGCUGUUCUCAAAGCAUCUUGGUGGCUGGAUCAGCACCAGCUGAUUUUGGCCAGUAGAACCUGGAGUGCACAGGGAAAUGGAUUCCACCUGGCUGCGCUGUGUGUUGGUAAUAGUUCUUAUCCCAGCGGGUCUGUACUGGAGCAGGAAUGUCUGUGGUCCUCCCUUGGCAGCAGAGCCAGGAACGCUCUGCAGAAGGAGGGGUUCCCAUUCUGUGCUGUUACAUGAUGGCUGCACAGUGGGUUGGGCAGUGGCUGAGAACAGCUGUGGCUGCACGUGCAACCCCUGCAUCACACUGCAGCCGUGCAUGGGAGCCUCACUGCUGCUGCUGUGCACCCUCCCGUGGGCCAGUCUGCCUGCCUGCGCCUGGGGAGGAGCAGGUGGGGGUCAGAGGGCUCAGGGUGGGAGGGGAGGGAAGCUGUGAAGGCUCUGAAACCAUCAGGCUUCCCACUGCCCGGAGGGGAGCUGGGCUACUCAGCACAAUGGGGUCAUUUGGAUGUCUUCUCCAGGUCUUCGUAGGGCAAAGAACAGCCUAACUGCUCUGCUUCCUUCUCUUACCAAUUAAGAGUCGCAAGAUUUGUUGUAACUCUCAUCUAUGUUAAAAUUAAAUAGCUCCUGUCUGAUGCUA